CACCUGCAAGCGGCGGAGGCUCGAGCCCACCGCGUUUUCUGGAACCAUCCACCCAGCGCGAACCCACCAACCAACCUUGCAGAACUGCCCCGCACACGAGCGGAGCGAGCGGAAGCGCGAAACCCUCCCCAAAGAUCCCUCCCGCAGCGCGCGAAGCGAAAUACCCACCGAUCGCGGCCGCCCUUCCGACCCGCAGCGCGGCCGCUGCCGCACUCCGGAGCUCAACCGGUCCUCGAUUCGGGUGAGGCUCGGGUGGAAUCACGCGGGAUUCGAGGCGGGAUUAACCCGGAUCCGCGGGCGAUGGUGGGGUUCGUGGGGAAGAGGAAGGAGUUGGAACAGGUGGUCGACGGCCUCUCCGACUUCUCCCUCUCCGGCCCCGCUUUCAAGACCCGCAGAUUGGACCCUGGGCUCCCACCAAUUAUGGAAGAAGAACUACCAGCUCCUACUAUGGCAUUUCAGUAUGAGAUGCUUGGAGAGGAAAUCAAUAGUGGUGUUAGCAUGCCCAGUGUGGAAGUCAUGAUGGAAGUUGCAAUGUCAUCUCAUGUGCCUAGCGAGGACAUGGCACUUGUUUUAUACAAACCAGUAGAUAACCCUGCACUCUUUGGUCCUGGCGUCUCAAGCUCUUCAUUCAUAGUCAGUUCAGACUUGAUACGUGGUCUAAAGAAUCAUGCUUUCAAUCAAGGGGACUAUCAUGAGCUGGAGGACAAAUCUCCCGAGCGUAGCAACAGCUUGGCUUUAGUUCCUUGGGCACCACCACAGAUUGCUAUAAGAUCUGAUUGGAUUUCCUCUGAGCUGGAGAACACACAAAAUUUUGAAGUGCCAAUGGAGGCUGAUGAGACUGAAGUAAGUUCAAUGGAUGUUGAGGAAGCGCCUGAAGCAACUGCUGUGGGAUUCGAUGGCGAGAACAACCAGUGGCAACAACACUGUAUGACCCCACCGUUAUUACCAAACCCAUCAGCCCAUGUUAUGUGGUCUAGGUAACUAGCGGGAGUCACUAUGUACUUACUAUUCACAAGAAGGAUGAAGAAAUCCUCUAAUUGACCUCCACGAGUUGUGUAGAAGUGGCUGGCUGCUUUAGAUCAAUUGAAAAUGAGAACAUACUUGCUAAUGUCCUAGCGUAGUGCUGAUCUUCCCUGUAAUGUCAGUACUAGUAGAGUACAGUGAGUCCUGUCAGGUCGGCAUCCAAUUAAUUGAAGUGACACGUUGGAUUUAAUAACAUUAUUGAUGUCUCUCUGCAGUUCAUGUUCCGAA